UCAAUAGUUUCCAUUGUGCAUCUGAUUCUCAAGAUGAUCCAACCAUCUACACUUCUGUUCGUCCUAAGUCUUGUGUCGGCCAGUAAAGCUCAGGUGAAACUUCAUGAAACAAACCAUUUCCUCUUAGCUACUGCAGGAGAUAACAUCACCUUAUCCUGCUUCAAUAAAGACAAGUCAGACAAGUCAGGGCUCGAUGCCACGCGUUACUGGUACAAGCAAAGUUUAGGCAGUGAAAUAGAGCGCAUUUCUUCUUUCUCUAAAUAUUACCGGAUUAAAAAUUUACACGGAGAAUUCAACAGAAACCAUCGAUUCACACUGGAUACUGAACAUGACCAGAAUAACCUAAAUAUAAAACAUGUACAAAUGUCUGACUCAGCAGUUUACCUGUGCAUAAGUUGUUUUCUACACGAUCUAGACGUCAUAGAAAGUGUCACUGUGAUUGUGAAGAGUUUGAGCCCAACAGUUAAAGUCCGUCAGUCUCCACAUGAGGAAACAGAACCAGGAAAUAAUGUGACUCUAAACUGUAGUGUCCAGACUGAGAGGUGUGAAGGACAGCACAGGGUUCACUGGUUCAAACAGUCUGAAGAGUCUGCAGCAGGAGUCCUGUACAGUCAUGGAGGAGGUCGUGUGGGUGAUGGGUGCAAGAACAAUGGAAAAAGUCCAACCAACUCCUGUGUGUACAACCUCCCCAUACACAAUGUGAACUCAGAGCAGACUGGGACCUACUACUGCGCUGUGGCCGCCUGUGGACAAGUCCUGUUUGGAGAGGGGACCCAGAUGACAAUAAAAGCGAGAGGAGAUAAUUCAUCCAUAAUCUACAUCCUGAGUGGAGCGUUGGUGUUCUCCUCUGUCCUGGUUCUGUUUCUGGCUUUAACCUUGUGGAGAACGAAGAGGAAAUACUGCAGCUCCUCCACAGAACUCAAAUGGCGAUCUGGAUCAUCUUCAGCUGCUAAUGGUGAGGGUCAGGAGCAGGACGUGGACUCCCUCCAUUACGCUGCUCUGAGAGUCCAGCCUCCGUCCAGAAGACAGAGAGUCACUGCUCACACUGACUGUGUGUACUCUGAUGUUCUCCCACACCACUGAACAUGGACAUGGUUUAAGUGUGCUGGUUUCACACAUACUUACUGUUACGUAGAGAACAGGGAACUUUGCUGCUCCUGUGCACUUGCAUCUGUACAAACAUUUGUCCAAACGGAGCCUUUAAUUAUUAAGACUUAUAACAUGAAAUGCUGAAUUCCAGAAAAUGGAUAUGAGAAUGUAACAAAUCUGUAAAGACAAAAGUUUUGACACAUCUCUCAGUCAUCCUCUAAAAAAUGGUUUGGAAUCUGUUUGUCCUUCUAUGUUCUAUGUCCUUCUAUUCUAGAGUUUUGUAAAUACAACAAUUAUUAUUAUUAUUUUUUUUUUGUUUUCAAUAGAUUUGAUCUAAAUGUGUCGCCCCACUACAGCUUUACUGUUUAAAGAUGCACUGUGUCACUUUUCUGGUGGAGGGUCAGUCAAAUGCUUGUCUCCACAAAGAUGUUAUUGCUUUGUCUGGAAUGUUUCACAGUAUGGCAUUAAAGCUUUCUACCAUCAUGGAGAGCAAAAAAGACCAAGUAACAGGUCAGAUCUGUGGAGAGGUGACCCCGCUCACAGUCAGAAUCCCUUUUUUUAUUUUUUAUUUUAAUUUUGCCAUUUUCGACCAAUAAAACCACCUGUAAUAGAAUAAAUGUAAAGUAGAGCUGUUUAAUGUCACACUGUGGAACAUCGCAGGCAGAUCAAUGACAUCUCCAUAGAAACGAGCAGGUGAUGGACCCCAACUGAAAAUGUACACAAUACAUAUUUAAACAGAUUAAAAUGUGUUUCUCUGCAUCUAAUUACCUCCUCCAAGGAGGUUAUGUUUUUGCCGGCGUUUGUCUGUUUGUUUGUUUGUUUGUUUGGCUUUUAGCAACAUAACUCAAAAAGUUAUGGACCGAUUUUGAUGAAAUUUUCAGGAUUUGUUGGAAAUGUGAAAAGGAAGAACUGAUUUCAUUUUGAGGGUGAUCCGGAAGAAAUCCUGGAUUCUGGAUCACUUUGAAAUUUUAGUUAACAUUGUGGUAAAUGGGGCCAAAAAUUUUGUUUCUCAAUAUCUUGGUUAAUUAUUGACCAAACCCCAUGAAAUUUGACUCAGGGAUGGACAAUG